CGCAGCUCCUGCAGGACCAGUUUCUAGAAGCUCAUUGCGGUGGCGUUGGUGCUGGCUGCGGGUCUUGACGCAGGACCAUAAAGUGGAUCCUUGAAAUACUUGGCAUUUUGCUGGAGAGUACCUGUUGGUGGACUGUGCUGACAGAGUCUAAAGGAGACUGGAUUUCUGUUGGUGAUACACAUUGCAAGCAGGAGUAGCCUAAACGAGAUGACAGCUGUCUCCCCAGAUCCUCACAUUCUGGUCUCAAGUGAACAGAAAAAAGUCUUUAGGAUGGAGACUCCUGGAAAUCCAGAAGCUCUCAUGAAAGGAGACGCUGCUGACCCAGAGUCUUUCAGACAGAGGUUCAGGUGGUUUUGUUACUCUGAAGAGGCUGGACCCAGAAAAACCCUGAAUCAGCUAUGGGAGCUCUGCGUUCAGUGGCUGAGACCAGACAUCCACACGAAAGAACAGAUUCUAGAGCUUUUGGUGUUUGAACAGUUCCUGACCAUCUUGCCUGGGGAGAUCAGGAUUUGGGUCAAAUCGCAACAUCCUAAGAGUAGUGAGGAAGUGGUGACCCUAGUAGAGGAUUUGACCCAAGUGCUUGAAGAAAAGAAAGAACCGAUCUCUCAAGAUUCUGUUGUUUCCCAAGAGGAGAACCCUGAAGAAGAUAAAACAGUUUCUGUUCUUCCAAAUACUGAGGCCCAGGAAUCCAUGACACUUAAAGACGUGGCUGUCACCUUUUCCAGAGGAGAGUGGAGGAAACUGGAGCCUUCUCAGAAGGAGAUAUAUAAGGAAGUGCUGCUGGAGAACUAUAGGAACCUAGAAUUUCUGGGUUUUCCAGUUUCCAAGUUAGAUUUGGUUUCCCAGCUGAAGUGGGCUGGACUGCCACGGCUGCUGCAAAAAGAAGUCUCCAAAGGUUGUAGACCAGAGUGUGAACUUGGUGGUGGAUUGAAGGAAUCUGGCGGAAGUCAAGAUGUUCUUAUGGAAGAAUCGACUUUAGAUAAAAUAAUAGAAAGGUAUCUAAUGAGUGGCGAUUGUGACUCAGUGGGAGAAUCCUGGAAACGUUACGGCAGAUUCGAGGAUGGUUGUAGCAAUAGGGAACAUUCACAAGGACAAAUCACACAGAAGAAAACUCAUGGGAGAGGCAGUAAGGGUGAGGAAUUUGAUCCAGAAAGGAGUCCCUUUGGAAGUAGCUUCAAACCACCUUCGGAUCUAAUUAAACAUCUGAGAGUCUACUUAAGGAAGAAAUCUCGGAGGUAUAAUGAAGGCAAGAAACCCUUUAGUUUUCAUUCAGACCUUGUUCCGAACCGCAAAGAACACAGUGGUGAAAAGCCAAGGAAAUGUAACGAAGGCAGGAAAGCCUUAAGUCACUCUUCUUCUCGGACUGAACAUCAGAAACAUCAGAAAAGCCGUGCAGGGGAGAAGUCUCAGAAGUGUAGUAACUGCGGAGUAGCCUUUAUUCCAAGCUCAUCCCUCAGUAAGAAAAACUCCUCUACAUGUGAAAAAUGUUGGAAAGGUUUAGGUCAAGAUACAGCCAUAGAUAAAGAAGAGGGAACUGAGACUGGAGAAGGAACCCAUAAAUGCAGCAAAUGUGGAAAAGCCCUUGGCUAUAACGCCUCACUGUCCAAGCAUAGGAGAAUUCACAGUGGAGAGAAACCCAGCAUGUGCAAUGAGUGUGGAAAAGCCUUCAGUGACAGCUCAUCUCUCACGCCACACCACCGAACUGACAGUGGAGAGAAGCCCUUCAAGUGUGAUGACUGUGGGAAAUCUUUCACCCUAAGCGCCCACCUCAUUAAACAUCAGAGAGUUCACACAGGUGAGAAACCCUAUAAAUGUAAAGACUGUGGGAGGCCCUUCAGUGACAGUUCAUCUCUUAUUCAGCAUCAGCGAAUUCACACUGGAGAAAAACCCUACACAUGUAACAACUGUGGAAAAUCCUUCAGUCACAGCUCAUCCCUUUCUAAACAUCAGAGAAUUCAUACUGGAGAGAAACCCUAUAAAUGUCGUGAGUGUGGGAAAGCCUUCAGACAGAAUUCUUGCCUUACCCGACAUCAGAGGAUUCACACUGGAGAAAAACCAUAUUUGUGUAAUGAUUGUGGGAUGACUUUUAGCCAUUUUACAUCUGUAAUUUAUCAUCAGAGACUUCAUUCAGGAGAAAAACCCUACAAGUGUACCCAGUGUGAGAAAGCCUUCCCUACCCAUUCACUCCUCAGCCGUCAUCAGAGAAUUCACACGGGUGUCAAGCCUUAUAAAUGUAAGGACUGUGGAAAAUCCUUCAGUCAGAGUUCAUCUCUCAACGAACAUCAUCGGAUUCACACUGGAGAGAAACCCUAUGAAUGUAACUACUGUGGGGCAACCUUUAGCCGGAGCUCAAUCCUUGUAGAACACCUGAAAAUUCAUACCGGAAGGAGGGAGUAUGAAUGCAAUGAGUGUGAGAAGACAUUCAAAAGUAAUUCUGGCCUCAUCAGGCAUCGGGGAUUUCACUCUGCAGAAUAAUUCUUGGAAAUAUAGUAAGGUGCGGGGUGUGGGUUUACACAGUUCUCCCUCAUUAAGAACCUAGGGUGUAAACUACCACAGCAUUGAUUAGUAGGAAAUUUAGUCACAGUGGUCCCUUAUUAAAAACCUGGGGUGUAUACUGCCACAGCACUGAUUAGUAGCUGCAGCUUUGGUGGGUUGGCAGCUAGGAAAAGUAUCUUUUGUCAUUUACCCUUCUUCUUUGCAAGGAUGUCAACGUUUGGUAGAGAGUGAGGAAGGGUUGGUAAAGUCUGUGGAAAGAGAAGAAAGUAGCAUGUGAACUAAUCCUAAAAGGCCAAAUGUGAAUAUAAAAAUUGGGGAGGGGGGUGCUUGGGACCCACCUUACUAACCUGUUUUCUUCAGAUUUCUUUCUCUCCUAGCUUCCCCUUCUACUGCCAUGUUGUGUUACAGAAAGAGGACCUGACUGCAGUCAGGUAACUUGAGUUCUGUCCCAUUUUGCCAACUAACUCACUGUAUUUAUAACCUUGGACAAAUCAUUUGACCUUUCUGAAUUUUUGUUUCUUUACUGGUAAAAUGGAGGAGUGGGACUAAUGAUUUCUGAGGUUUCUUUCCCUCCCUCCCUCCCUCUCUUCCUUCUUUUUCUACCUCUGAUAACCUCUGAAGCUGUGGUAAUAAGUUAAAACAUUUUUGAUUCAUUGGCAUUUCAAGUUUCUCUAGUGUAAUAGAACAUAACUCAUUUAAACUACUGAACUUCUGGCAUAGUGAGAAUGCAGUAUGCUUUUUAAAUAUUCAAUGCUGGAACUGCUCAAAAGCUAUGCACAGGAUCAAGUCAGUAGAGGUCAAACAAGUUUGCCAUCAGGGAAUGUCUUGAUUGGACAAAGUGCCCCAACCCCCGUGUUUGCUCUGGAUGUUGGCUGUGGGGACUGGGAAUCUCUGGCAUAUUCCAGGCUGUCUGAGCCAUGAGAGUGUAACUGUCCUAGGAAAACAGACGAGGGACUGGGAGGGGUGGGCAUUGGGAAACGGGUACUCAAUAGAGCUAUUUUGGAUGGAUUGUCUUUUGCAAGAUAGAGUUCUAUUUUUUACAAGUUUGUCUAUAGUAAGUACAGUUUCAUGUAAUCAGAGUAUAAACAUUCUGUGUGGCAAAGGUCACAAGCUAAGAUUGGGCCCUUUGAUGUGUCUUAGUUGUGUGUGUAUGUGUGUGUGUGUGUGUGUGUGUGUGUGUGUAUGCACGCACAUGUGUAAGUAGUUGUCACCAUUUAAAAAUUAGGAAAUUUCAUACCAAAAAGAAAUUUGUCUUGAAAAGUUACUGGGCUGACAACAAGACUGCCCAUAUUUCUGUGGGGCAUUCAACUGGUUUUGGGUAUCAGCUGCCCGCUUUAGAGGGGGAAUCUGUUCUUGCAAAGUUCUGUCAUUCAUGUAACCUGACUUGCCCACUGUAAGAAGCUGAUAUUGUGAUCCCCUACCACCUGGAGAGUACCUAUGCUAAAAUCUAAAGAGAUUUUUUAGUAAAAUUUAGGAAUAGAAUGUAGAAAUGAUACAGAAUAAAUUUUCAAUUAAGUUUUCCAUUAUGAAAAUAGACAUCAAAGGAGUAGAUGUUAGUGGGUUAUUCCUUACAAAUGUCAGUGUGGAGUCUGAAUAAUAAUCUUUAACUGUGAAAAAGGAACUGAAAACCCUGGGUCAGUUAGAUUUGGGUCUCAAGUUGUAGGAUUUUGAAGGAGCCCCAAUGACUCCAUGUGGUGCAGAGUUCCUAAAGUUGAAAUCUGAGGCAGCUCUUGAGAACGAAACGGGUAAACUUUCAGCUUAUGGAAGUGAAGACAUGCUUAAUGGUCAUCUGAGAUUCAGCAAUAUUUGCUGGGAUUUAAUGGGUUUAAUUUGCAGUGCUACCUCUGGAUAAUGGUUUUGGUUUCUUCCUUGUCUCCUUCCCCAAGGUAGCCCCAACUGAGUGAGAAAUUGGUCUGUAUAGUUACUUCUAAAUGGACCAGCCAGAGACAUUCUGGACAUGGAAGAAUUAUAGCUUACCAGAAUUAUUCACCCUGGUUGAAAUUUUUUUGUGAAAAGGUGGAAACCCUGAUUUGUUUUCUGGAAAGAUGCAAUCUAUAGAGAGAAUUAAAUAUGUAAAAAUCUUGAGAAGAGGCUUGUUCCAGGAUGUUAAUUGUUAGAUUCCCCAACAUCCGUAUGAGGAUGCUUUAUAUCUGUACCAGUUGGGAGUCUGGAACAUAAACCUGUUUUUUGGGUUUUAUUACAGUUUUAUUGAGGUAUAAAUUGUGAUAUUGUGGAAGUCAUUCAAGUGUAUAAUUCAUUGAGUUUUAACAAAUUCAGCAAAUUGUACAGUUGACAGCACAGUCCGUUUUUAGAACAUUUUAGCACCUUAAUAAGAUCCCUCACACCCAUUUGCAGUAAUCCCAUUCCCACCCUGAUCCCAGGUAACUGCUAAUCAGUAUACUCUCUGUCUCUGUAGAGUUGCCUUUUCUGAACAUUUUAUAUACAUGUAAUCAUAUGUGGACUUUUUUUGGUUGUCCAUUAACUUGUGUCUAAGUUCAUCCAUGUUAUUUUCUAAAUUCAUGUGUGUUGUAGCAUAUCAGUAUUUUAAUCCUUUUUAUUGUCAAAUAAUAGCUGAUUGGAUGGAUGUGCCAUAUUUUGUACAUUCACCAGUUGAAGGACAUGUGGGUUGUUUCCCAUUUGGGGCUGUGAAAAAUAAUGCUGCUCUGAACAUUAGCAUGCAAGUCUUUGUGUGGACAUAAUGUUUUCACUUUUCUUAGAUGCCUGAGUAGCUGGGUUAUAUGUUAAAUUUUUGUUUUAACUAUUUUAAGAAGUUGCCAAGUUGUUUUCCAAAGUGACUGCGUUAUUUUAUAUUCUGAACUUCAGUGUGUGAGGGUUCCUGAUGAGGUUAUAUCCUCACCAACCCUUGUUAUUGUUCAUCUUUUAAAAAAUUUUUAUUAUAGCUAAUAUGGUGAUUGAAAUGGUAUCUCUUUGAGGCUAAUGGUAUUGAGGAUCUUUUCAUAUGUUCUUUAGCUGUUCAUGUACCUUCUUUGGUGAAAUAUGUUGCCCACUUAAAAAAUUAUUAUUAAUUUACAGAUCUUUUUAUUCUGCAAUAAGUCCUUUAUCUAGUAUGAGCUUUCUAAAUACCAUGUACUGGCCACAGAGGGCAACCUCAGAUCCUUCUGUACAGCUUUCAUCAAAAGCUUGGUUUUGGUAAUUGCUUAUAUAAAAUUGCCUAAGGAUAUUUAAUCUGGCCUGUUAUCUAAAUACUUAAAUUCAUUUUGGUGUUAUAUCAGUCAAAAGGUUUUAAACGUCUUUUGAUUCCUUAUAGAAUUUUUUUUAUUAACCUGUGUUAUGCUCUUUAUCUGUUACCCAAUGAAGAACUUGCAUUUUAAAAUGUUUCCUCUUUAUGAGUUUCUAUUGAAGAAAUUUCUUUGUAGUCUCAGGACAAGACAAGGCUUCUCUUGUCAAUGAAUUCACUUUUGUUUACUUAUUUUAGAAUUUUUUUGUAAUGUGGUAAAAUAUAUAUAACAUAAAAUUGACCGUUUUAACUCUUCUGAGAUGUAUAAUUUAGUGGCAUUAAGUAUGUUCAUGUGUGUUUCUCACACAUCCCCACCAUACAUCUCUAGAACUUUUCCAUCCUCCCUAACUGAAAUUCACUCAUUAACCAAUAACUCCUCAUUCUCCCCUCCCUGAAGCCCUUGGUAACUACCAUUCUACUUUCUGUCUAUGAAUUUGACUGUUCUAAGCACUUCGUAUAAAAGAAAUCAUUCAAUACUUGUCCUUUUGUGUUGAGUUGUUUCACUUAGCAUCUUUUUAGGGUUCAUGUUAUAGCAUGUGUCAGAAUUUCAUUUUCUUUUCAUUAUUUUAAUGCUAAAUAGUAUUCUUUUGUAAAUAUACCGCAUUAUUUGCUUAUGCAUUCAUCCUUCAGUGGUCAUUUAGGUUAUUGCUAUCUUUUGGCUGUUAAUUAAUAGCACUGCUAUGAACAGUGGUUUGCAAAUAUUGUUUGAGUCCCUGCAUUUAAUUCUUUGAGAUACGUACCUAAAAGUGGAAUUGCUGGAUGGUUCAUCCAUGUCUUAGUGUAUGACAGGAUUUCCUUCUUUUUUUAAGGAUGAGUAAUUUUCCAUUGUAUGUAUAUGCCACAUUUUAUUUAUCUAUUCAUCGAUCAGUACACAUUUAAGUUGCUUCUACCUCUUUGACUAUUGUGAAUAAUGCUGCAGUGAACAUGGGUGUGUACAUGUAUCUGUUUCCAGCCUUCUCUUUAUAUACUCAGAUGCAAGAUUGCUAAAAGAUGAUAGUUCUGUUAAUUAUUUAAGGAACUUCCCUGCUGUUUCCUAUUGCAGCUGCACCCAUUUCACACUCUUAACAAUAGUGCUUAAAGGGUUCCUGUUUCUCCACAUCCUUGCAAAACUUACUAUUUUCUGUAUUUUUUUUGUUGUUUUUAGUUUUCUGUAUUUUUGAUAGUGGCCAUCAUAAUGGUUGUGAGAUGGUAUCUUGGAGUUUAGAUUUGCUUUUCUCUGAUAAUUGGUGAUGUUGAACAUCUUUUUAUAUGCCUGUUAGACAUUUGUAUGUCUUCUUAGAGAAAUGUCUGUUCAAGUCCUUUGCCCAUUUUUUAAAUGAAAAUUUUCAUUUCCUGUUCCACUCUUUUUCAUUGUUUUUUUGUUUUCUUUGCUAUGCAGAAGUUUUUUAGGUUUGAUAUAGUCUGUUUGCCUGUUUUUCUUUAAUUUUGCUUGUGUUUUUGUGCCAUAUCCGAGAAAUCAUUGCUAGACCCAGUGUCGUGAAAUUUUCCCCCUGUAUUUUCUUUUAGGAUUUUUAUACCUUCAGGUCUUAUGUUUAGGUCUUUAAUCCAUUUUGAGUUAAUUUUUGUGUGUGGUAUAAGAGUCCAUCUUCAUCCUUUUGUCUUUAGGUAUUCAGUUUUUCAAGCACCAUGUGUUUCCACGUUGUGUAGUCUUUGUACCCCUGUUGAAAAUCAUUUGGCUGUAAGUACUAGUGCAUUUCUGGGCUCUCUGUUCCAUUGGUCUAUAUGUCUUUAUGCCAGUACCAUACUGUUUUAGUUACUGGAGCUUUGUAUACACUUUGCAAUCAGGACAUGUGAAAAAACCUCAAGCAUUUUUCUUCUUUCUUAAAAUUAUUUUGGCUAUUUGGGGGUUAAGAUUCCAUAUGAAUUUGUGGAUAGUUUCCCUUGUUUCUGUAAAAAAAUCACUUGGGAUAGUAUAAAUAUUUUAACAUAUUAAGUCUUCAGGCCCAUAAAUAUGAAAUGUAUUUCCAUUUAUUUGGGUCAACUGUUCUUUCAGCAGUGUUUUGUAGUUUCCGGUAUACAAGUCUUCUACUUCCUUAGUUAAGUUCAUUCCUAAGUAUUUUAUUCUUUUUAAUGAUAGUGUAAAUGGAGUUGUUUUCUUAGUCUCCUUUCUGGAUUAUUCAGUUACUGUAUAGAAAUGCAACUUAUUUUUUAAUUUUGGUUUUAAAUUCUAUCACUUUUGCUAUAUUUGCUUAUUAGUUCUAACAAUUUUGUGUUUGUGUGUCUGUGUGAUGUUUAGAGUUUUCCACAUAGAGGAUCAUGUCAUCUCUGAAAAGAGAUAGUAUUUCUUUCUUCCUAAGUUGGAUGGUUUUUACUUUUUUAUUUUGCCUGAUUGCUGUGGCUAGGACCCAAAUACUAUGUUGAGUAGAAGUAGCUAAAGUGGGUAUCCUUGUCUUAUUACUGAUGUUAGAGGAACAGGUUUCUAUUUUUUACCAUUGAAUAUGAUGCUAGCUGUGAUCUUUUCAUUAAUGAACUUUAUUUUGUUGAGGGAUAAUUUCCUCCUAUUCCCUAGUUGAAUGAAUUUUCCCUCAUUUUUGAUAGAUUUGCUAGAUAUGAGAUCCUCAACGAACUGUGGUGUUUUUUUUUUUUUUUUUUUCCUUUAUGCACUUUAACUAUAUCAACCCACCCACUUCUGGUCUCCAAGUUCUCUUGAGAAGAAAUCAGAUAGAUUCAUUGAGAUUCCUUUUUAUAUGAUAAGUUUUUCUUCUUGCUUCUUUCAGGAUUCUUUGUCUUUGGGUUUUGACAAUUUGAUUAUAAUUUGUCUAGAUUUUUGUAUUUUUGUGUUUACAAGCUUACCUUGGAGAUAUUGUGGGUUCACUUCUAGACUGCUAUAAUAAAGCAAAUAUUGCCUGAAUUGGUUCACAGGAAUGUUUAGUUUUCCUGUGCAUAUAAAAGUUAUGUUUACACUCUACUGUAGCCUAUUAUUAAUAAUUAUGUGACAACAUUAUGUCUAAAAAACCAGUUGUGUGUGCUCAGUUUAAAAAACACUGUGUUGCUAAAAAAAUAUAUAUAUACAUCUGAGCCUUUAGCAAAUCAUAAUCUUUUUGUGGGUGGAGGGUCUUGCCUUGUUUUUAGCUGCUGACUGAUCAGGGUAGUGGUUGUUGGUUUGGGAUGGCUGUGGCAGUCUCUUAAAAUAAGACAGCACUGAAGUUUGCUGCAUCAGUUAACUCUCCUUUUCACGAACAGUUUCUUGGUAGCACUCAGUCUCCCUGCUGUUUGAUAACGUUUUACACCACACUAGAGCUUUCAAAAUCGGAGUCAAUCCUUUCAAACCUUGCUGCUGCUUUAUCAAGUAACUUUAUAGAUAGAUAAUAUUCUAAGUUCUUUGUUGUCCUUUCAGCGGUCUUCACCAGGAGUAGAUUCCAUCUCCAGAAAUCAUUUUCUUUACUCAUCCAGAAGAAGCAACUCUUCAUCCAUUAAAGUUUUAAAUUGCAGCAAUUUUCAGCCACAUUUUGAGGAUCCAUCUCUACUUCUAGUUCUCUUCUGUUUCCACCACGUCUGCAGUUCCUCCACUGAAGUUUUGAGCCCCUCAUAGUCACCCAUGAGGGUUGAAAUCAACUUCUUCCAACUGUUGUUCGUGUUUGUAUUUUGGCUUCAUCCCAUGCAUCACAUGAGGGUUCCCUGGUGGCUCAGAUGGUAAAGAAUCUGCCUCCACUGCAGGAGACCUGGGUUUGAUCCCUAGGUCAGGAAGAUCUCCAGAAGAAGGGAAUGGCAACCCGCUCCAGUAUUCUUACCUGGAAAAUUCCAUGGACAGAGGAUCCUGGAAGGUGGGCUACAGUCCACGGGGAUCACAAAGAGUCGAACACAACUGAGUGACUAACACUUUCAUUUUCAGCAUAACAAAUAUUCUUAGUGGCGUCUAGAAUAGUGAAUUCUUUGCAGAAGGUUUCAGUUGACUGUACCUGGAUCCAUCAGAAACACCCGUCUCCCAUCAAGUCAUCUUCUGUUAAUUCCUCUGGUGUGGUGUCUGUUAGCUCUUAAAUUUCCCCAAGAUUCUGUCUUGAAACCUUUCACCCCCCCAGCUUUUUGCCAUACCCCCAGUCUCUUUCAUCAUUUCCUUGAUGGGCUCUGUCGUAAGUUCUGUGUGGUAAUGUGCAUCUGGACGGCAGUUUUCUCCAGCAGGAAUGUAUUGUUUUUGGCUUGAUGGCUUUCAUAGCUUUAUCUUUAACAAUGAUGGCAUCUUCAGUGGUGUAAUCCUUCCAGACUGUCAUGAUAUCCUCUCUGUCUAGGUUCUCUUCCAUACUGCCAAUAAUCCUUUCCAUAGAGUACCAUGUGGAAUGAGUCUUUAAGAUCCUUAUGACACCCUGCUCCAAGGGCCGAAUUAGAGAUGUUGUGUUGAGGGCAGGUAGACCACUUUGACACCUUUGUUGUUGAAUUCACGGGGAUCUGGGUGGCCAGAGACAUUGUCCAGUGUUAAAAAGAAUUUUAAAUUGCAGUCCUUUAUUGGCAGAGUUCUUCCUGACUUCAGGGACAAAGCAACAGUGUGACCAGUCCAGAAAAAGCGUUCUUGUCAUGGCUGGUGUUUAUCUUUUUCCUUCAAGGCUUGGUGUUAGCAGCUUCAUAGUUAAGGGCAGACUGAUCAGAAGCUCGACUGCAUUUGCAUAGACAGGAGAGUUAGCUUUCCAUUCCUGCCUUAAAUCCUGGUGCUUGCUUCUUUUCCUUACUAAAGUGUCCUUUGUGGCAUUUUUUUUUCCAGAAUAGAACACUUACCCCUGCACUAAAAAGCCUGUUUAGGCAGAUGCACUUUCUCAGUGACUUUUCUUAGUGGCAUCUGGGAAGGUCUGCUGCCUCUCGGUUGGCAGAAGCUGUUUCUCCUGUUAUCUUGACCUUUUUUUUAGGCUAAGCCGCUUUCUAAAAUUCUCAAACCAUGCUUUGCUGGCUUUAAACUCUCCACCCUUAGAUCCUUUACCUUGCUUUGCUCUAAGUUGUCACAUAAUGACUUUGCCUUUUCUUGGAUCAUAUUAGAGUCUAUAGCUAUGUCUUAGAGCCACCUUGCACCCACGUAAAAGCUGCAUUUAAAGGAUAAAAUGGUAUAUAGUUUUAGUUUUUUAAACUUUAUUUAGGUUGUGCUUGGUCUUAGUUGUAGCACAUGGGCUCUUUGUUAUGAUAUGUGGAAUCUUAGUUCCAUGACCAGGGAUCAGAUCCAGGCCCCCUGUACUGGGAGCAUGAAGUCUUCACCACUGGAGCACCAGGGAAGUCCCUUUUUUAAAAUUAGUUUUUGUUGGAGUAUAGUUGCUUUACACUGUUGUGUUAGUUUCUAAAAGAUACGUAUUUUGCAAAAAGAACAAGGUUGAGCCAAUAUGGCUGUGGCUUGAGAAAGAUUAAAACAGAUCCAGGAAUACUCAUUAUAGGCUAUGUUAUAGCCUAACCCAAUAGAUAACAUCCAUAGGCUUCUAGAUAGAAUUGGCAGUGAUAUUUGGAAUUCAAAAGAAAUUGGUUACAGGUAAGACCAAAGGAUCUUGGGCAUCGGACUAUUUGUUUUUCCUAAACAUACACAUCUAUGAUAAAGUUUAGGUACAACAAAAUAAAAAAGGGGUUAUUAUACUGUAAUAAAAAAAUUGUGAAUGUGGUUUCUCUCACAAAAUGUCUUAUAAUACUGUACUCAUUCUUUUUAUCAUGAUGAUGAUGUUCUGACCACGUGGCUCACAGGCUCAGGUUUUAUGGUGAUGAGAUUAGUUUCCAGGUUCUCUCUGGCCAGUCAUUCUGACUCAGGGUUCUGCCUCGGGGGGUGCACAUCACUCAGCCAAACUGAAUUCCAGCAUGAAGGAUUCUGGGAGGUUGGGAGGACAUUUGGACUGGCGUCUCCUGUCUCCUUUUGACCUUUACUGAAUUUUUCUGCUUGGUGGUACCUUGUUAGUAUCUUGGUCUUUACCAGGACCUCCUGUUGUAAAUGGCAACCCACUCCAGUAUUCUUGCCUGGAGAAUCCCAGGGACAGAGGAGCCUAGUGGGCUGCCGUCUAUGGGGUCGCACAGAGUCAGACACAACUAAAGCAACUUAGCAAAAGCAGCAGCAGCAGCCUGUUGUAAAACAACUCGUCCAAGUGGUUACUGUGGUACCUGGCCAGGGUGGGUAAUUUUGAUCAGUGGUUCCUCUUAACAAAAAUGAUAAAAUGCCUCCUAUGUAAUAUAAGGUAAUUAAUGAAUGACAUAGGCAAUGUGACAAAGCAUUUAGGCUGCUAUUAACCUUUGGACACUGUCAGAAGAAGGGUCAUCUGCUUUGGGUGUUCUUGGAUCAUUGACCCGUGACAGUGUUGUGUGGUGGAUGGCAGGAGCAGAAGGUAUUGAUGGUUGGGGGUCCCAGGCAGGCCACAGCGGGAUGAUGUGAGAUUUCAUCACGCUAUUGAGAAUGGCAUGCAAUUUUAAAACUUAUGAAUUGCUUAUUUCUGGAAUUUUCCAUUUAAUUUUUGGGCUGUAGUUGACAGCUAUUAAACUGCACAAAGCAAAACCAUGGAUAAAUGGGGGGAGUACUAAAGUGUAGGUAGCUCUGGAAAUCAAGUUCUCCCCUUCCUCAGAAUUUUUAAAAUUGUUUUAGGGUAUGUCUGUGCUAGGGAUCCGUCUGUGGUGAAAGCCUCAACUUUUCUCAGGUCUUUCGUGAGCCCAUCUUUUCCUGGGCAGAGGCAGUGGCUUUCUAAAUUCUCACAUACAGGCUUAUUUUUCCUUUUUGUUGUUAUCAGUUGCUAAGUCAUGUCCGAUUCUUUGCGACCCCGUGAACUGCAGCACACCAGGCUCCCCUCUCCUCCCUGAGUUUGCUCAAAUUCAUGUCCAUUGUGUUGGUGAUGGCAUCCAACCGUCAUCCUCUGCGGCCCCACUCUCUUUUUGCCCAGCAUCAGGGUCUUUUCCACUGAGUCAGCUCUUCGCAUCAGGUGGCCAUAGUAUUGGAGCUUCAGCAUCAGUCCAAACACCAGGUGUUCUGUUGGCCAUUUAAAUCCCCUGGGAGUCACUUUAAGCCAGUGGCAGUGGGGUGGGAGUGGAAGAAUGGCCAUUCAUCUAUGUAUCUGCUCUUUCUUUAUGAUCAGGAGCGAUCAUCCACAAUCAGGACCUCAGACUCAUAUUUGGAGGGAAAGGUCUUUAUUGCCCAUCUUGGUUCCAGCAAGUCAAAGUAGGAAUGUUUGGGCUGGCUGAUUGCGGAAGUGGUAGCUGCUCCUGAAAGGCUGAAAUCCUCCGCUGUUAGUUUCGGUUUAGCAGUUAAGGUUUCCUCUGGACAUUGAAAUCCUUAAAACAGUGUCCUGCAUUCCAGAGUAGCUCACUUUGUGUACUUUCUGUCCGUAUAAUUGUUGUCUAGAUAGAGAUGGAUUCCUGGUGCUUCUGACUGCUCCAUCUUCCCUGACGUCACUCCCUCCAUGUCUUCAGUUUUUAUCCUGCUCUCUGAGAGUUGUUUGUCCACUUUUAUCUUCUAACUCUACUACUAAAUGUUUAGAGUGUUCUAUUUCUGUUGUCAUUUUUAAGUUUCCAAGUACAUUUUUGACUCUCUGCUUAUUUGUUUUUUUAAUCAUACUCUGUCUCAUAGGUGAAAUACUCGUUUCUCUGAGGAUACUAAUAUAGUACCUUUUAGUGUUACUCAGCUCCCUGCAUUAUCCUUCCUCUGAGUUAUUUUUAUCUGUUUUUCUCUUUCACCUUGGAGCCUUUCCUCAAAUCUCUGGUUAUCUUUUGUCUAUUCACAUUUAAGCACAGGGCCCUAAAAAGCCAUUGUUUCAGUUACUGCAGCACACUGUACAGUAAUCAUAGAAUGUGAGAAACAUUCAGAUUGUUUUCAGGCAAGGCUUUAUUGGGGCCCCUGUUGCUGCAGAGGAGUUUGAGAACAAACAAUAGGUUCCCGUGCUUGCUUGCUUCCCUGGGGAGGUGAGCUGCUUCUUUAUAUGGGGUCAGGGUAGGGGUGUCCAGGGGUCAGGCCAGAGGGGUGGGUUACCUGGUUUCCCAACCCCUUAGGUAGUGUUAUGUGCAGAGGGCACGCAUGGCAUGCUGCUUUUGCUCUGGGCUCUUCAGAAGUGGCAGAUGGCUUUUUGAUCUCUUUGUUUCUUUUGUCCAAAAUUUGCCCUAACUGCACAUUUCAGAUUUUGUAGUAGCCACUUUAAAAAGGUAAGAGAAGACAGGUGAAUAAUAUAUUUUGUUUCACGCAGUAUAUCCAUAAUCUUACAUUAACAUAUAAUCAGUAUAAAAUUAUUGGUGAGAGAUUCUAUAUUAUUUGUUGUGCUGUCUCCAAAACCCAUGUGUUAACAGUUGCAGCACAUCUUAAUUCAUACUCUAUCCAUAUUAAUAAAACUUAGAGUUGAAAAGUAGGUGCAAAUAGUUCUUCCAAAUGUUCUUUGUUGUUAGUCUAGAUAUACCUAAAGUUUUCAAGUGUUAGAAAAUUAUUUUCCUUCAAUAUUUGCAUCCACAUUGACAAGAUUCAUCAUCUUUUAUUAGAAGAAUUGAUGUGGUUUUGAAUAAAAGGGUAUCAAUUUCAAAGCAGUAUCUGUUUAAAUAAAUUCAACUCUUCUGUCAAUUCUGUUAUUAACAUCACAUUCAGUUAAGUAGUACAUAACUGGAAACAAAAUUAAAUUUAUCAGUAUCAACCAUUCUUCACAUUUUUCUUAUGUUUUGCAGCCAAAUUAUACAAUGCUGUUGAAUUACUUUGAAAAUCUGCAGGUUGACUCAUAUUAGAAAAAUGUAUAAAGUCGUUAUUUCUUGUUUAUAUUAUGAAAUGUUUCAAUUUUAACUAAUUUUUCUCAUCCAAGUAGGUCACAAGUUUUUCCCGUUCUAAGGAGCUUGAAAUUUAGCUCAUUCAUAUUCAGUGUGAUAUUCACUUUUUGUCUUUGAUUACUGAAUAUUUCACAAGCAUUCCUUUUCAUUAAAAAAGAAAUCUUAAAUUGAAAUUCCCAGUACAGGAAAUUUUUGUAAAAUUCUUUUAUAACUCAACUAAAGAACAUUGGUAAAGAACACAAGAUCAUUAAAACAGUAUUUUCAACAUUUUCAUAAACUAACAGUGAUUACAUCAUUUCACAUAUGUACUGAAGAAUUUUAACAUCUAUUUAUGACUCCCGAAGUCUGCUUUGGAAAACUGAACAGAUAUUUUCAGAAGCUAUCAUAUAGUGAAACAAAGCAGUGAGGGGAAAUAUCAUUCUCUUGCUUUAGAAUUCCAAUAUAUUUAUCUUCGGACCUAACAUAAUUUCAGUCUUUAUGAAAGAAACUAAUUUUUCUGUCUCUUGCUGAAAGUCUUUGUCAGGUUUAAAAUGUCAAAAAAUAUGUCAUGAGUUUGAGUUUUUACGUAAUGAAUUGACAUUUCUUUGUAAAUUUGGAUGUUGAGACAGAAUGUACUCAAAAGUUUUCAAUUGGCAGUGUCUUAUAUUACACACCUAAAGUUGAGUACUUGAAAUUUUUCUAAUUUUGAACCAAAUGAUCUUUGAUAUUACAAGAAACUUCUUGUAUUCUAGGAGCAACAUUAAUUAAAGUGUUAAUUAAAAAUUCCAAUUUUUUUGUGUCCUUUUAAGUCUUCCUCAUAAUUUUCUAGAUAGAUUACCAUAACUAAAAUGGUAAUUUCUUCUGUCUUCUCUCCAUCUGAGAUUUGUGUGUGUGUGUGCACACGCAUGUGCACAAGUAUUCAAACCAUUUUAUAGUUGGCCAAGUAUAAGCUCAAAAUCCUGUUAAAAAUUAUUUUAAUGUUUUGAUGGAAAUGUAAUUCUUGUUUCAUAAGACUUCAUGGAUUUUUCUUUUACUAUUAGGAAAAUACUUACUACUAGUCAUUGCUAAAAAAUGGCAUAACUAUUAGCUGCUGUCUUACAUAGUGUCUACUGUAUUGAACACUUGUGUACAACAGACAGCCUUCUCAUUUUGCCGUGCCUGCAGUGAGUUGCAAUUGCUACUCAUCAUUGAAUGUGAGCCGCACCUUCUUGCACUCCGGUUUUCUUUGCUGUACUAGUUUGUAGUACUAGCUUCUGUAUUGCACUGAAUUCUGCCUCAGUAAUAUGCCUUCAUUAAAAUCUAAAUAUUUUUCCAUGUUUUUUAAUCUAGGAAAUAGUUUUAUUAUAUUGCAAUGAAAAUAAUACGUAUCUCAAUGUAUGACUGUGGUUUACCUAUAGGUGUCGCUGUAACUUGUGCUGUAUGUAGAGGUGUUCUUUCACUUGUACUAUCUACAUAAAAUAUCCAAGUAAACACUUUUGUGAUGUCACUUCAGUGCAUAGAAAAAAAAAUCAUCUGAACUGAGUCAAGUCUGUUGUUACUAGAUUGGUGGAGUGUUCAUCCGCGAUACUAGAAAUUAUGCACGUUCCUAGACAAACGUUACAGUAAAACAGCAGUGUCCUAUGCAGUGCAACAGUCAAAGUGAAUUGUAGUUCUUCUAAAACAAUAAAGUUGUGUUUAGUGGAAAAA